CACAACUUCCCCUCUGAGCUGUGAAGUAUGCAACACCCACCUCAGAGCGCAGACGAGCUGCCGAGCUUUGCCGUCGACUGCAGGAGCCCGAUACUCGAGCCGAGCCUCAUCUGCCAUGGCCGCGUGGGGCAGGAACCCGCUCCUGGGGGCCGUUCUUCUGGGGAUGAGCUUUGGGAGAGCUGACGCGCUCUCCGAGCCGGAGAUCUGCUACGUGCUGGACGGCAUCCUGUUCUUGUACGGCAUCAUCCUGACUGCGCUGUACUGCCGGAUCAAGAUUAUGAGCGCCAGAGAGGCUAAAGGAGCUAAAGGCGGCCAGAACGUGGAGGAGGGCAUCUACACGGGCCUGACUCCUCACGCCACAGACACGUAUGAGACCAUCGGCAUGAAGAAGUGACGCUGCAGGAAGGAAGGAAGUCCACUUUUUUUUGUUUUGUUCUGUCUUUAAUAACCUCAUUAACCACUCUGCUUUUAGCGACCAUUUUACUUCACACUCGUGCAGCUUCCCUCUGACAAACAUCUGAUGCUCCAGAAGCCUUUAUUUACAAGCAAAAACAACGUAUUUAGAGCUCUGAAGCACAAACCCACAAAUAAAAGCAAACACGCAGGAAGAUUUCUGUAAUUUAUCCCUCAAAGGAAGAAAAAUUCAUUCGGCAAAUGGAAAGAAAGAGUCCAGAGAAACUGCCAAAGCAAAGGGGAUCAGGAUUCCCUUUACAUUCCUCUGUAAAUACAUGUGUUCAUGAAACCGUUAAAGUAGAUGCAAACCUCCAGGGAAACAGUUAUUUUGCUCCAUAAGUUUGUCAAAUCGGAUUUUAUUGUGUUUUUUUUUUAAAUGUAUCAUUUCAGUUUCUAAAUAAACAUUUCCAACAUUCUU